CAUGGUCCUCGACGACUUUGAAAAUUUGAUGUGCUCUAACCCGCUUGUUCCUUACUGAGACUACUCAUCAGAGCAGAUAGCUAGAGUGCUGAGGGGAGAAAUGCCAGCAACUAUCCUCAUGUUCAUCCCGGGCAAUCCGGGAAUCGUGGACUACUAUGGUCCUUUCUUUACCGCUCUCAAGGAGCACCACAAGCAGCUACAAAUAUACGCGUACAAUCACGUCGGUUUCACUUCCAAUCCGACCAAGUCAUUGAAGCUGCCGCCGCACCAGAUCAAUCUCGAUGCUCAAAUUGCUCAUGCCAUUGAUCGAUUCGAUGCAUUGCUCUUGGCACACAAGGGAUCAGCUGGCUCACAACAGCCACAAAUUUAUCUCGCCGGGCACAGUGUCGGUGCCUAUAUUGCCUGCAAGGUACUCGAGGCGAGGCCUGAUGUCGUACAACGCAUCUAUCUUCUGACUCCCACACUGACAGAGAUCGCGUUGUCGCCUCAAGGCCGUCUACUGACACCAUGCUCACAUAUACCUGGCUUUCUGCAGCUCGUAGCAGGCUUCGUAUGGCUCUGGACUUCACUGCUGCCUCAACAGUACCGACUCAAGUUCAUUGCCUGGUGGACCGGUUUCUCAAAAGAAGCUGUUCGUGUAACGACAGACAGUGUGGUUCAACCAGGCAAUGUCUAUACAGGACUCGUCCUUGGUGCUUCUGAAAUGACAGACAUUCGUAGCCCAGAUGCCAAGUUUUGGAGAAAAUACGGCAAACGCUGCUCAGCGUACUGGGUGAUGCGAGAUCACUGGAUUCAUGAAGCAUCAAGAGAUCAACUGCUAGCAGACACACGCAUUGAGAGCUACUUUUGCAAACGAGCCAAUCAUGCAUUUUGCGUACGGCAUAGCGAGAUUGUCGCGGAUGUGGUCGCUGGCUGGCUUGGUCGGGAUCUGGCAAUGAAGUUUGCAGAUGAGCUUCACUAGAUAUAGACGUGUAUAGAAGU